AACACUGCGUGCUUUAAUGUUUUAACAACGAGGCAAUAUAAUAUGAACAUUCUUAGAACUGCGCAAGUGGGUUUUAAGUUAGUGUUAAACUAAUCCAAAACAGAUUUCACUUUCAAACAACAUUUUGAAUACAACUCAAGACAAGAAAAGCUACAUCACUGCGGAGUGAUAUUUCAGAACUACUUCAUAAUUAUCAUAAAAGAUAAAUAUUUUGGACCAAGCACAGGCAUAAUUCAUCAUUUAAAGUGUAUAUUCCUACCUGGACAACAGAAAUGAAGAAAGCCUAAUAAUAAACUAAUAAAAAUUGAAUUGAGGUGGCAAGUUUGGAUAAAUAAUUCCCCAUCAUUCUGGAAAGUGAACAAAGAGGCUGAUGCACUGAGGGCAACAUAGCUAAUGGCGGACUCUCAAGAUGGUGGGGAGUCUGAUGAACUGUAUGAACUGGAAAGUCUGGGAGAGCCUGGGGACAGAGCAGCUGGUGACAGAGAACCUGUGAGAGCAGACACAAGGAAUACAGUGGGUCAUGGGAGAGAUUUCCAUUUUGGCAACAGAACAACAGUGAAUAUUAACAGCACAGAAAUGCACUGCCCAAGCACUCCCCAACUCAUUAGAGAAAACCAGAGGUUAAAGACUGAGCUUGAAGCGGAGCAGCGGAAACAUGAAACAACAAAAGAUACCCUGACAAAUAUCACAAGCCAUCUCAUGCGAGAAUUGGAAAAAAAUAAAGAUCUAGAAAAGAAGAACAAAGAGCUAUUAGCAUCUGUAAGAGCUCUGCAAAAUCAGCUAUCAAAGCUGACCCAGAAAACAAAGAAGCAACAAGAACAAAACAGAGCAGAAAUUGCCCAGUUGAAACAAGAGGGAGAAAAUCUCCGUCAAACAGUGCAAGAGUUACAACAAACGUUAGCCAAUGAGAGAAGUCAGCAUCUGUCAAAGUUGGAAGAAAGUCAGAAAAUGAUGAUGAACCUAAUUCAACAAAAUGCUACAGAGAUCAAAAAAAUUGCUGAAAGCAAAAGAACUCUAUGGCAACUCAUCAAGGAUUUCUUCAAAAAGAAGAAGAAAAUGCAGUCUGAGAAUGGAGGGACUAUUUGCCAGCCAACUGAUGCUGCAUGCAACAUUCAGUCUGAUAUAGUGUCAAUGCCCUGAAGAUUUUGACAGAAUAUAAAUUCUGCAUGUAAAAAGUAUCCUUAUUUUUUUGUUCCACAUUUUUGCAUAUACAAUUGUAAUGCUUCAAGUACUUAAUCAGGAAAUCAUUGUCUUGGGAACAUUAUUCAAAGGCUACUUUAAUAUUAGACAUGCAGUCUGAAAAUGAUGCCAACGCCAUCUUGCUAGGAAAAUAACUGUCCAACUACAUCUAUGGACAUGAAAUACAAAUACAUGGCCCAUUUUUCGAGAUGGGCUGGUAAUGUACAAAAAACCUUUUGGGAUUGUUUUCAUACAAAUUAUCAAUGAAGUGUCCAAAUGCUACGCAGGUUCAAUAUAGUUUAGAUUCAUUCAUCAACUUCCAGUACAAUAGUAUGGUCUUCAUCACAAUUAGUGAGAUUUC